UUCAUAGUUUGGAGACCAUUGGAGCUUGGUGGGGUAAGAGUCUACAUCUGUACCCAGCGCCAUCUGUGCAGCAGCCUUGGUUGUCAUUUCCAGCCGUUCAGUACCUCCAACACCACUCUGGCUAGUUCAAUGUGCCAGUGCGAUCCGGCAUGCACCUUCUUCGGCGACUGCUGCGUAGACUACAUUGAAUACUGUCAACCAACAUCGGCCAACUACACUCCCAGUACAGGACUUAGGCUUGAAAACUUGAUCUGCUAUGUUGAAGUUCCAAGAGCUGACAUCAAUCAAGGAUACUAUGUCAUCAGUUCUUGUCCCCUGGACAGUCCAACACGGCAGGAUGACCUGAUCCGACAUCAUUGCGAGCAUGUGGAUGAUACUGACUUCCUCUCGCGCAUCAUGGUUUCAGGCCUGAAGAAUGACAUUCCGUACUUCAACGUAUACUGUGCCCUGUGUUGGGGAGAAACAAUACCCAACUUGGUGUCGUGGACUGUAGGCAUCAUCUGUGGAUCAGAUUCCAAGGAUGCAGAGGCUGCCGCAUUACUGUCCAACUCCACGUCCAAAGAAACACUGCAUCUGAUUGAGCAUGUUCUGGAAUGCUUGAUUGUGUUUAAACAUCCAGCGAUGGCAGCUGCAGACCUGCGUACAUGCUUCCACGGGAAUGAAUACAUAGAUCACUGCCUCCCUGGAAACUCGCUUCACGCAGCCUGUGAGUUCUACACAGCCGUCAGUAUAUUCUCUGACUUCCCCUUCUACAUACCGGCCAAAAAUCCCCACUGUGUUGAAUGCAAUGAACGUUCCUUCGCAGCAAUUAAUUGCAGCACGUACUACCCCUUCAUUAUCUACAUGGGAUUUUUGUUGCAAGAUCCUCCGUCUGUCCCGACUACAAUUCCACCACCUCUUUCAAUCAUCUUUGAUUUCCGCUCUGGGGGCAACGUCAAGGUGGUGACCGGAAAGGAGGUUGUCAUCACCGAGGAGCAUGUAACAUGUCCAGCAAAUCAUGUCUACGACCCGUUUCAAUCUGAGUGUCGCAGGCUGUCUUGUGGCAAAGGUUAUGUCUUUGAUGGCUACCAAUGCGUGCGGAAUGUGACCCCCUUCGUACCGAUGCCACAUGAUACGGUCAUCUAUGUGCACAUCACCGCCUGCGAGUUGACGAUUCCAGAGCCUGGUCCCAGUAAUUUGGUCAGCGUCAAGAUGUGCCUUGGUGAGCUCAUUGGGGUCAAUCAAAGUGACUUUCAACCAUCGCAGAUGACCCCUACGUUGACUGACAUCAACUGCCUUUCUCCGACACAACCGGUGGUCUAUCCAUUCAUGGUCUGGACUGACUGGGAGACAUUCUUGGCCUUCAAUCUGAAACUGCAGAUAAUUGACAGUUGGACACUCUGCCCAGAUGUCAUCAUCCUUUCAGUGGAGGUGAUUUAUCACAGUGUGAACUUAUCUCUGCAUAGAUGUAAUGGACACUGGAUUGACAAAUCUCAUCUCUACCAGAAUCAAUCGAGUUGGAUAUCCAGCACAUACAUCAUCAGUCAGAGUCUCCAUCGGGAGACGUUCAAUUCACAAUCAGCGUCCCACAAAUUUGAGUGGUCUUACAGCAUUCAAAUUUGCGAAAACCCUGAUCUUUCCUGCGUUCUCGAGACUUUCAACCGUUCUCUUUUUCAUACCAGUGCAAACAAUGAUAGCUCCUUGACAUACAUUCCAACUGGGGAAGCAUUCCUUCGGGAACAGUACAUAGAAACCUCCAGUGGAGAAAUCCAGGUUUGCUCCUUCAAUGAACAAAACGGGACACGCAAUCGCACCCAAAUCUUUACUUUCUUUGAAUAUUCACCGCCGCAGCAGAUUCUCAGCAUAAUUGGGAACAGUGUGUCCAUGUUGGCUUCUGUCAUCACAUUCCUAUCCUUCUGCUUCUUCAAAGAGCUCCGUCAUCGCACCACCUGUCCCAUCAUGAAUCUCGUGGGCGCCUUGUUCCUGGCACAACUUUUCUUUCAACUGAUUGGAGUAGGGGCUCAACAUCCAGCUGCCUGUACCGCCGUCGCUGUCUUAACGCACUACCUUUUCCUCGUCUCCGUCAUGUGGACAGGGGUCCUGGCUUUUAACCUCAACAGAACCUUUGCAGUGCAGUCUAGAAUCCAGCACAGCAAACAUUAUGCAUUACUGGUGCCAGUUUUAUUUGCUUGGGGUGUUCCGUUACUCAUCAUCCUCCCUUGUUUGAUUCUACACCUCUGUGACUGCACUGCCAUUCCUCUCUGGUACGGUGACAGCGUUUGCUGGAUCGGCAACGGAUACGUCGCAAUAGCCGUGUUUGGAGUUCCCAUUGGAAUCGUCAUCUUCACUAACACAAUACUAUUUGCUUUCACCGUCCGUGGAAUUUGGCGGACAAAGCGUGCUACUGAAGCUGUUCGGGGAGACAAAUCUAAAGCACAGCAAGCCAAGGAGGAACUUGCUAUUUACAUAAAAAUCUCCAGCUUGAUGGGAUUCACUUGGAUCUCAGGCUUCGCUGCUGCCAUCAGUGACGUCGUGGCUCUGUGGUACGUCUUCAUCGUUCUCAACUCCUGUCAAGGUCUUCUGAUCUUCCUGUCUUUUGUCUGCAACCGGAAGGUCUGGCAGCUGUGGUGCGACGGUUUCAGGAAGAUGUGUCCGCAUUCAUGGAGGCCGCUCCCUGGAGAGGGCGACACCGGUACAGUCGAUACGGGGCACAACCCCAAGACUGUGCAGUUGAGAACAUUCAAGAGCACAGACUAAAUGCAACACAUUUGAGUUGGCACGGAAUGGGAGACUCUUGAGACAUUGGUGGCAGCAAACAUACCACUCUUUUCAAUUGUUCACGUCAUGUUUAAGCCAAAGUGCGCAUGCUCAAUAUGACGCAAACAAUGAAAAAAAGGACCGGUGUGUUUGCUGCCACCAACAGCUCAAAAGUUUCCCAUUAAUGAUAUCCUUUUGAAGGCUGUAUGGGCAAUUCAAACAUUAUUAAUUUGUAAUGUCGCCACUGAGCAAAUCAACCUUAUCUAAAUGAAUGAAUUAGAAAACUGAUCCUGCACCCCUUGACCAUUACUAAUUGGAUGUACACAGUGGUGCACCCAGGAUUUGGCUUGGGGGGGGGGGGGGCUCAACAAACUUUGUUUUUCAAAUUUGUUUAAAAAAAAAUUGGGUUUUUUUUGGCGUUUGACGUUGGUGGUGCCACUUACACCCCUAUUAUACUACUUGAAAAUAGGCCACGUUCAUAUCACCCAGGUCAAAUUGUGGGACUAAAAAACACAAAAUUACCAAUUUUUUUUUUUAAUUCCUCGCAAAUAAACAAUCCAAAACAAGAAAUUUUCGAGGAUUUCAGCCCAUAGAUGAAAGGUAAGCAACACAUGGAACAAAAACAAUCUGAAAAGGACUUUAUUACUGCACGUAGAAUGGGAUAUGCCAUGUUUAAUGCGUUGAUUCAUAUGACAGCUAAAAAAAGACAUUACAAAUGUAUGUUUCCUAAUUACCUAGUAUUAAAAAUGUAUAAAAAUAGAUGUUAAUGUAUAUAAAAUAUUGUACACGUUUGUUCCUUUACAUCUACGCAGUUUUAUUAAAUUAAAAUGUUCAAGAUGUUUUUAAAAAGUCAGAUUUAAAUUUUAAAACUUUUGAUCCUUCAACCUUAACUUUACAACAAAACUGAAGUACAUGUAAAAUCAAAACUUCAUUCAAAUCAAUGCUGGCAUGUUCGUCAAAAGAGACGAUUAUGAGACACAAAAAAUGUGUCUAAUACUGUAACGGCUAGCUGAUAUAAUUGGAGAUAAAAUUUGGCUUAUUGACAUGAACACACUGCAGGUUGAUAUGUAUUAAAAGUUGUAAGACCUCAUCCGGAAAUUAUCCAUCAGUCAGUUAAUAACCAAAUUUGAAUUUGAAAGGGAAGUUGAUUUUUAGUUUUCACUUAUUUUCUCCCAGUUAUGUUGUUAAGUCCCUCACUGCAAUUUUAAUAUGUCCAAUAAUUUCCUAUCUCUUGCGAAAACAUGCGCUGCACAAAUGCAUCACACUGUGAGAUGGAAAACGCAUUUCUUUCUUUUUUAAAUACGUUUUUUUGUUCAACUCGGAUGAUUUUGGGUUUUGAAUUUAAAAAUUGACAGUGGGUAAGCCCUGUUAUUUAUACUAAAAUUACAUGUAUAUUAUUUUUUUUAAAUAUUCAAGGAACUGGUUGCAUGCUCUCAAUGGGUUAGUUCUGAAAACUGUCACAAAAGCGACAGAGAAAAGUUAAAACUUAACACAAACAUGUACUUCAUUAUAAAGAAUAAUCAAUAAUUAUGAAUACAAAAUGAAUAAAUUCAAUGAAACAUGCCUUAAAUAGUUCAUGUAAAUUGAGGGCCAAAUCAAACGAAAAAGAAAACGCAGUUUCUAACUCAGUUUUAAAAGAACAAGUUUUCAAAAAUUUAUCUUCCAAACAAGAAGACAGUUACAGUAAAAUGAAAAUAAAAAUGAACAAGAGAAGAAAACGCACUUUCAGGUGGAUAGCUCUGGUACAUUUCCUAUUCAUUGGAGUUGGUCCACAAAAAAAA